AGGUCCUAUUGCUCAGGCUAGAUUCUCUGGGAAUUGUCUGCUCACUCCAGCACAGACCUGUCCUACAGUCCUCCCCAGCUGAUCACUGUCAUAUCCUCAGGUGCAGCAUUACAGAGGGAAAGAGGCUCCACAACAAACAGCCAGGGGAGCUUAAGGGGGGCAACACCAUGUUUAAAGGGCAGAGCAAAUCCAACAAGUCCCCUACGAAAUCUCCAGUCAAGUCUCCUUCAAAAAAUGCCAAGGUGGCAGCCACUGAACUAGCACUGCUGAUCAACCGCAUGCAGAAGAAUGCAGAUCAGGUGGAGAGGAACAUCCUAGAGACCAACGAGAAGCUAAAAAAGGAUGCUGGAAACUAUGCUGCAAAUCAGGCCUUCCAGUACCAGCAGGAGAAUGCACAGAAACUCAAAGAUUCUGAGAUUUUAUUAAAGGAUCUCUUUCUAGAUGUGGAUAAGGCAAAGAAAUAUGGCCACCCCCAGGCUCAAGAAAUUAAUCAAGAUAUCCAUCACCUGCACGAACGUCUUAAUAACGAAUGCGCAGAGUACAGGGAUUUGUAUGAAAAAAUUAAUAUUGUCCCACCAGAACCCAAAGUCAACUGGCCACAGAUCCUAGACAAGAAGAAGAAAGAAAUAGAAAAUGGACAGUACGGGCCCAGCCUGCCAGAGGUUGAGCGGCAGGUUGCAGAACACAAUAUCUUGCAGCGAGAGAUCGACGAGUAUGGAAAUGAAAUACGCAACCAGGACAAUGCAGCCAUUAAGAACCAGUAUCGGAGUCUACAGGAAGAGUCCACUUGGAGAAGUCGACAUUUGGGCAGCCUUUAUAAUCACCUCCAUGGUUGCACCAAGGAACUAAUGUUUCUCAGCGAGGAGCAGAACAAGAUCCUGCGAAAGGACUGGAGUGACCAGAUACCUGACUUGCCUGCCACCCGCAGACAAUAUGAGAGAUUUAAAAUGGAGGACCUGCUGCCACAGGAAGAAAACGUGAAUCAUCUUCUAGAUGAUGGGGAGAGGAUGAUCGAGCUAAAUCAUCCAGCCGUCCCCUGCAUUCAGGCCCACCACGAAGCUCUAAAGGAUGAAUGGCAAAACUUUCUCAAUCUGUGUAUCUGUCAGGAGAACCAUCUGAAGAACGCAGAGGAGUACAAAAAGUUUCAAGAUGAUGCAGACACCGUAGCUCAAACUUUAAAAGAGGUCAACAGAAACCUUGACACCAAAUUCAGCCACAAUAAUUUGGCAGCACCAGGGGCAGCUUCAGAACUGCAGCUCCAGCUGGAAAAGGAAGACAAGCAGCUGAUCCAGGCUGAGAAGAGUUUGUCCGCUCUUAAAAACAAGGCCCCUGAGAUUGUGCCCAUAAAACAGCGAAGGAUAAAGUCAAAGCAGCCCUUAACCAUCAAGUCCAUUUGUGACUGGGAUUCUGCUGAUAUGCAGUUCUCAAAGGGAGAGGUCUUCACUUUAAAGGACAACAGCAAGACUGACAACUGGGUGAUACAGGGUCCAGGGGGAGAGACCAAAACUGUGCCAGCUGCCUGCUUUGUAAUCUCUCCUCCAGACCAAGAGGCCAUAGAUAAAUUGAAGAGACUGGAGGGUGAGAUAAGCGAAGCACAGAAGAAGAAGACAGCUGUACAGAACACACUGAAAUCCAACAGAAACCGGGAACCUGCCAAACCAACCCAAUUUGUUCCAGUUGUCACUCCACCUGCACCUCCAGCUCGUGUGUCAAGUAUACCAAGUGAGGAUCCCCAGGCAAAUCAGCUCCUUAACAAGCUAAACAAGAUCCAGGAUGACCUGAAGAACACAGAGCAAGAGGUUUUGUCCAGGGUACGCUCUCCAGUUAGUCAGGCUUCACCCAGUCAAGAUUUGGCUGGGAGGCUGAAACAACAAGAGGGGACUGACCUUCGGCUGCAAAACAUAGCAUUGGAGAAGGACACAGUGAAGAAAGAGUGUGAGGCUUUCCUGAACAAGAGCCCAGUAGGAACAGUAGCCUCCCAGCUCCCCAGCAUACAAUCAAAUAUCAACAACAAGUACAAAGAUGUCAAGGUCCUAAGUUCGCUCUAUGGAGAGGAGGCCAAAGCAUCUUUGAACCUGGAAAAUCAGAUUAAGAAGACUGAUGAAAUGAUAAGUGGAUUUGAGAAUUCCUUGGUGCAGGAUGGCGGGAUCCUAUACUCCCCAAAUGCACUACAAGAGCGGGCCUCUGAAAUUCAGAAAAUGAAGAGAGACCUUGUAGACAAACAAGACAAUCUUUUGAAGCUAAACAGGAGCCUGAAGGACACCGAGCUGGCAUGCAGCUCUCUACAGACUAACUGCCAGGAACAUUCGCCUGACCUGCCACGCCAACGCACGCAAGUUCAACAUCUCAAUGACCGCUACCAUGCUGUUGCUGACCAGCUUGACCAGAGAGAGAAGAUACUGAGAGACACCAACCUGCCUUACCAACAGUAUAAAUCUUCCUAUAAGGCUCUGGACACCUGGCUGAAAGGUCUUCCUAAAAACCAAGUCACAUCAUCAGAUAGCCCCAGCCAAGUCAACUACAAGCUGCAGUCUCAGAAGAGGCUGUUGGAUGAGAUCCAGAGGAAAGAACCAGAGAAGAAUAAUGUGGUUAAACUUUCAGAUGACCUAGUGAAUGCUUUUGAUGACUAUGAAAAACAAGCCAGCCGGUACAGUACGACCCUUUCCUCCACCAACCCUGUCCCUCCUAAAAAACCAAAGGGUGUAUCUAUGCAGCAAGGAAUAGAAGAACAGCAAAAAGAUCUAGUGACGCGAUACAGCCAGGCUGCUGUGGAGAGUAAGCAGCAGCUGACUCAGAUGGAGUUUGCCAAGAAAGUUUUGGAUAAGUCUGAUGGUACAGAUGGAAUCCAGGCUAUAACUCAGCAAAACCUGCGCUCAGAAAAUACUCUGAGGUCUGUCAGAGAGUCAGAGAAUCUGUCCAACCAGCUACAGGAAGAAAAGAAGAAGGUGGCUCAAGUACAGCAGACAUUGGAGGAGAAAACAAAACGUUUGAUAUUACUGAAGACACAAAGACCAUUGGAGCGCAUAGAGGAAAUAGAGGUGGUACAGUAUUACAGGGAGCCUAAGGUAGAGAGUGAUCUGUCAGCAAGGAAAAGCCAAGUAGAACAGACUAACAAGGAAAGAGAGAUCACUCAGUCUGAGAUAAACAUGGUAAGAAAACGACUGGCAACUUUGGAGGAUCAAAGGAAGAACAUUAAGCCACAGUUGCUGACUAAAGAGGUCACACAGAUAGAAAAAGAUCGUGAUUUGGAGUCAAAUGCUCAGUCUCUCACAAAGGAAAUAAAGCAACUGAAAGAAGAAAAUAAUUCAAUUUCUUUGGAAUUAGAGAGACUAAAGAAAGAAGUGCUGAUUCUGGAUCAGAAACAACCAAAUAUAAUAGAGAAAGUAGUGUUGAAAGAGGUGGUAAAGUUAGAGAGGGAUCCAGAAAUGGCAAAGGCUGCCAUGUCACUUCAGCUACAGAUUGAUGAUGAGAAUUUCAGAAGAAAAUCACUUCAGGAGAACGUGGUGAAGCUGAGGACCCGAGCCGAGGAGCUGGAAAAGCUGAUUAAGUCUGUUGAGCCCAAGGUUAUAGUUAAGGAGGUAAAGAAGGUUGAACAGGAUCCAGAAAUCCUGAAAGAAGCAGCAAGGCUAAGGACAUUAAUUGAAGAAGAAAGAAACAAAAGUGUGGUUGUUACACGGGAGCUGACAGAGCUACAAUCUAAGUACAUGGUGGUAGAGAAGCAGAAGCCCAAAAUUGAAAUCAAAGAAAGAGUCAAUGAAGUCUUUAUCGUAGAACCAGAAACUAAGAAGGAGAUUGCAAGGCUGAAGUCUGUGCUGCAAGAACUCGGUUCUAGAAAAUCCAUGUCUGAUAAGGAGUUUGAUACAGUCCAUUCUCAGGUGCUUACGCUGAAAUCCGAGAAACCCAUAGUGGAGUAUAAAGAAAUUGUCAACGAGGUGGUCAAACUAGAGAAAAGUCCAGAGUUGCUAAAGGAAAUAGAAAAAUUGAAGGUACAAAUGAAGGAUAUGGAAGCAACUAACGUCAAGAACCUGGAGCUGAAAUCCAAACUCACUAAAGGGAGAGAUGACUGGAAACUGGAGAGGUCAAAAGUGGAAACUAAAACAGUCAAUAAAGAGGUAGUCAAGUAUGAAAAUGAUCCAGUACUAAUAAAGGAAGCAGAACGUCUUCGUCAAGAAGUACGAGAUGAGGCUCAGAAAAGGAGGGAAGUGGAGAAUAUUGUGUAUGACUUACAGAGCAAGUACAUUCUGCUUGAAAGAAGAAAGCCAGAGGAGAGGGUUGUAGUGCAAGAGGUGGUCCUUGUUAAGCAAGACCCCAAAAUAAAAGAUGAUCAUUUCAGGCUAAGCAGGGCACUUGAUGAUGCAGUAAGCAACAGGCGGCGUCUGGAACGUGAGGUGCAGCAGUUAUGUACCUUAGUGGAAGAGCAGCAGAAACUGCUUAACUUUCAAGAAGAAAGAGACAAGAAGUUGGCGGCAGAAAAAGAGCUGCGUCAGAUUACGCUGAGGAUCAAGGAGAUAAAGGAAAGCCCUGCUCCUGUGCAGGAGAAGAUUGUUAUGGAGGAAGUUGUUAAGGUAGAAAGGGACCCUGUUAUGGAAAAAGCAGCUAAUUCUCUUCGCAGUGAAUUAGAUAAUGAAAGAAGCCAAUAUCUAAACAUAGAAAGAGAAUGUAAAAACCUGCAAAUGAAGAUAGAUAUUUUACAGAGGGAGAAAUCUGUGGAGAAAACCAUUUACAAGGAAGUUAUUCGAGUGGAAAAGGACAAGGUGCUUGAGAACGAGAGAGUCAGGUUGAGAGAACUGUUUUUAAAAGCACGUAAUGCAAGGCAAGACUUGGAAGAUGAGAGCAAAAGACUCACAGAAAAGAUAGAAAGGGUUGAUGCAAUGAAGAAUACCUGGUCAAAGGAGGAAGCCGAUCUUAAGAAAACAAAACUGCAGCUACAACAAGAAAAGUCAACCAAAGAAAAUGAACUACUGGAGCUGAGGAGACAACAGCAGCAAAAAAGUGUGUUCCUCAGCAAGGAGUCUCAAUUGCUGUCACAGAAAGCAGAAAUUGAACGUCAGAAAAAGAUGCAAUUGGGUCAUGAGCUGGCCCUUUUUGAAACCAAAAUUCUUUCUGAAAAAGAUGCCAUUUAUGAGAAGGAAAGAAAUAUUAGGGAGCUGCAGUCUCGUGUCAAUCGAGAAGAACGCAACCAAGAGACACAAAUGAGGGAGACAAAUGUUUCCACAAAAAUUUCUAUCCUGGACCCUGAUACGGGUAAAGAAAUGUCUCCCUAUGAAGCUUAUAAAAGGGGCAUCAUAGAUAGGAGUCAAUAUAUCCAACUGCAAGAAUUAGAGUGUGACUGGGAAGAGAUUUCCACCAUGGGUUCCAGUGGUGAAAUUUCUGUCCUUUUGGAUAAGAAGAGUGGCAAACAAUAUUCCAUUGAGGAUGCCCUAAGGACCAAGAAAGUCACCAAAGAAGAAUUACAGAUGUACCGUGAUGGCAAGCUCCCUAUUUCUGAAUUUGCCCUUCUGGUGGCUGGAGAAAAGCCCCCAUCGCUCUCAAUUGGUUCAAUAAUUGGACCCAAAUCCCCAACGUCUACUCAGUCUCGCAGCUUAUUCACACAGAGUGCUCCCAAAAUGUUUCACGAUGACACCUUCCCAAUUGCUGGCAUAUAUGACAAAAGCACAGACAGCAAAUGCACAAUCAGAAGUGCGUUAACAAGGAAAAUACUAGAUGCUGAAACUGGUCAGAAGAUGCUUGAAGCCCAGGCAGCCACUGGUGGUAUCAUUCACAUUAUGAGCAAAGAGAGAUAUUCAGUUCAUAAAGCUAUAGAGAGGGGCCUGAUCGAUAGCAGUAACACACAGAGUCUGCUCCAUGCACAGAAAGCCUUCACAGGUGUAGAGGAUCCGGUUAGCAAAAAGCGAUUAUCUCUUGGAGAAGCUGUUCAGAAGAACCUAAUGCCUAAAGAGAAAGCUUUACCAUACUUGAUUGUCCAGCAUCUCACAGGAGGUCUCAUCGACACAAAACAAACAGGCCGAAUCCCAGUUUCUGAGGCAGUAGAACAGGGUCUGGUGAGUAAAGAACUGGCUGAUCAAAUUCAGGAUGAGGCACAUUAUAAGAAGGAUCUUGUUGACCCUAUCACCAAGGAGAAAAUAGAUUAUAAAGAAGCCAUUUCUCGAUGCCGGAAAGACCUUGGCAGUGGACUGCUACUUCUUGAAGCAUCCCCAGAUGCUUACCAACCUCCUGUCUAUCGCCCAGUAAACCCCAUCCCUUCCCUGACAACCUAUAAUUACUAGGCAUAAGGGUUUUCUAUCUAUUUUAUCAGUUUAAAUGUAUUCACAUUAAAAUAUGGUGUCCUGUUUUAUAAUAAUGUUCUUAACUUUUGCAUUAAUACUGUAUGCAUGUCUGUCUGUCUUCUACAACAAUAAACGUGAAACAAGC